AUGGUUGAUGAACCGACGCAGAACUCCUGGCACCUGGCACGUGCGGCAACGGGUCCCACUGGCUUCUUUUGCGUCCGAAUUGAGCUACGAGUGGAGACAAGGGGUUCGACGGACUCGAUCGGCGCCGUUGCGCUGUUGUGCAGCUGUGCGGCUCGAGGGGCUUGUCUCGGCAAGGGAAGGUUUGGAUUUUCCCUGGGGGCCCGGUCAAUGCCGGACCUGAUGGAAGAACAGAACAGGGACCGAUCAGACGCUGGACCCGGACAAUACGAUGCGGCAUGCAAUGGCCUCAACGGUAAUCGGCAGCACACAUGGCGUGUGGAGCUCAUGGAAACAUUCUCCAUGGAAGGUUACGCUCAAUGGAUCCCCCGCAAGGAUCUGUAUCGGCAGUUAUAUCACUGGCGUUUGACCAUACUCACCACCUGUCAAUUCCAAUUGCUAUGUCUGGAGUGA